AUGAUAGCAUGCCAUGAAGGGCACAAAGAAAUAGUAGAAAGUUUACUAGUAUACGGCCGUUCUGUUAAUGCUGUUGAGAAACAACAAUGCAAUGCCUUAAUGAUAGCUUCCAAGAAAGGACAUGACCAAAUUGUGUCACUACUUAUAAAACGUAUUGAGAACAUUGACGAAGUUGAAACAGAUGGUUGGACAGCUUUGAUGUCUGCUUGUCACAUGGGGCAUGAGAAAGUUGUUGAUGUUUUACUAGGUAAAAAUGCUACAGUAGAUGUUAAAGAUAAAGAUGGAUGGAAUGCUAUAAUGAUUGCCGCUGAGCGAGGACACGAAAAAAUCGUAGAAAAAUUAAUAGCACAAAGAAAAGAACUUGUUACUGAGAAAAACAAGGGUGGAUAUACUGCAUUAAUGCUAGCUUCACAGAAUGGGUAUGACGAGUGUGUAAAGCUAUUGGUACCAUAUUCGAAGAUUUAUGAUGUGGAAAACGGCAAGUGGAACGCAAUAAUGUUAGCCGCCCAGAAAGGAAAAAUAACUACAUUAAAACAUAUGUUAGAGGAAGAAGUAGAAGAAGAAGAAGAUGAUGAUGAAGAAAAUGAUGUAUAUAAUGAAGAAGAUACAGAAGAAGAUGACGAUGAAGAUGACACAGAAGAAGAUGAUACAGAAGACGAUGAUAUAGAAGAAGAUGAAAAAGAUGGUGAAGAUAAUAAAAAUGAUGAAGAUGUGGAACGAAACGAAGAUGAUAAUGACGUUAAAGAAGAAUUAGAACAAAUAAGUUUAGAGGCGGUUGAGAUUACUGGCUAUAACGCGCUAAUGAUUGCUUGUCAGAAUGGAUACGAACCUAUUGUUGAAACCCUAAUAAAUCGAGGCUGCAGUGUUAAUAGAGUAAAUAAAAAGAAUAAGUGUACGGCUUUAAUGUUAGCUUCGAAAAAUGGACACACAAAUGUUGUUGACAUUCUCCUUAACAAUAACGCUAAAAUAAAUGCAGUGACAAAAACAGGGCUUAAUGCAUUACAUUUUGCAACAUUACAAAAGUAUAAAAACUGUAAAAAGCAUACAAACACAGAACAAAAACUAAAAGAAAAGAACUGUGAAAUCAUAAAUGUAAGUAUUGUAAUGACAUAUUUAUAG